AUGAAAAUAAUCUUAACAUUUGUUCUUGUACUAGGGAAUAAUAUAAAUUGGUAUUAAGUAUAAUGCAGUUAUUACACAGACGUUACAUGUUAGAAUUCAGGUUAUUGUUAUUUGAAUGGUACAAAUUGUUAACCUGCUUAGUAUCAUAAAGUUACUGAUUUAGAGUUUGCUCAGAAAAAUUGUAAGGUUUUUUAUAUUAAAAUAAAUUAUGUAAGAUAAAUCGAAAUAUAGAUUCAGGAUUUAGAAAUAUAUGUAUUGAUUUUAUGUAGAAAAUAUUAUUGUGUAUAUCCUUCUGACAAUAUUCAAGAAUCCACUUUUUAGAGAAAGCUAUUUAUGAAAGUUUGCAAUAAAUAAGAGACGAUGAAACAAUCACAUUUACUUCAGGUACAAUAAAAAAAGUUGAUUUUUACUGGGUUUUAUGGGGAAUGUCUGAUGCAUUAUACUUAGAAUUAAGAUCUUAACAAUCACUGAGUAUAUAUCAUACAAAUAUUUGAUAAAUUUUGGAUUUGCUAAUUUAAAACUACAAAAACUAUAAUUUGGAACAUAGUUUGGAAUUUUUGAAAUCAUCUGGAUAAAUUAAAAACCAGAAUAUAUUGAGGUAUUAGUUAUGCUGAAUGAAUAAUUUGGGUUUUAUAACAGAUUCUGAUCUUAUUAUGAUUAGGAUAUUUGGAU